GGGAAGCUGGGAAGCAGGCCUCCCUCCUACAUUCCGAGCCGAGUUGCUAAGCCACCGUUCCUGGAAUCUAUAAAGCAAGCUCGAGGACUCUAAGGUCCUCGAGGACACCUUCGGGGUGAGCUGGCUGUACUGCUGGAUGCAUGGGCUCCUAGCCUCCACGAUCUUUUUCAUGGCGUUGAUCCCCAACUAGUAAGGCGGAGAGCUUCCCCUGGAGCCUGAAUCAGUGCUCAGAGACCCAGCAGUCACGGGAAGAGCGAGCAGAGGAACACACAUCUAAGGUGCGCGCCAUGCGGUGGACGCUGUACCUGCUGCUCCUGACUGUGACGUGCAGGGCCAGCGCAGAGCCUCUCCAAGAGAGUGUCCUCUUUUCCCGAUUCACUCCUCACUCCUCAGGCGGCGACAAUGCCACAACAUCGCCCUGCGAGGGGCUCCCCGCCGCGGGGGCCACAGCCUGGACCUUGGCGAACCGCAGCCUGGAGCACCUGCCCCGCUGCCUGCCGCGCGCGCUGCACAACCUCGAUGUCAGCCACAACCUGCUGCGCGCCCUGAGCGCGGCCGAACUCAGUCUCCUGCCGGAGCUGCAGGUGCUCACGGUGCACCACAACCGCAUUUCCACGCUGCGCUGGGGCCCCGGCGGGCCGACCGGGCUACACACCCUGGACCUCAGCUACAACCAGCUGGACGCGCUGCCGCCGUGCUCCGGGCCCUCAUUGCUCAGCCUGCGUGUGCUGGAUCUUGCUGGGAACCCGCUGCGGGCGCUGCCACCCCUGGCCUUCGUCUGCUUCCCCGCGCUGCAGCGGCUCAAUCUCUCCUACACCGAGCUGGGCCUCGGCGCCCAGGGAGGCAUCGCGCCAGGGGCGUUCGCAGGAGAGGCCGGCGAACCCCUGGCCAAACUCAACAUUCUGGAUCUCAGCGGCACGCACGUGCAGCAAAUUGAGCCUGGGUGGAUGAGAAGCCUGCCAAACCUCACGCAUCUCUACCUGAGGAGGAUGCCCAGGCUGAGGACCCUGGAGGGAGACGUUUUCAAGAUGACCCCCAACCUGCACCAACUGAGUUGCCAAGACUCCCCGGUGCUGACUUCCAUCCACACACCCAUCUUCCAGGACACCCCUGCCCUGCAGAUCCUUCUGUUGCACAACUGCAACUUGAGUUCCUUCCCACCAUGGACCAGGAAUUCCUCCCAGGUGCUGUCUGUUACGCUCUUUGGCAACCCUCUCACUUGCAGCUGUGAGUUAUCCUGGCUCCUUCUGGAUGAAACGCUCCUGCACAGGGCGGCAGACACGAUGUGCACACCAGCUGCAGGAUCCAGAGGCCCCUUCUCAGCACCUCUUCCCCUCUCCCAAUUGCUGGGUGUGUGCGGAUCACACCCCAGUACCACCCUCCCGGCUUCAACCCUGCUGUCCUUUGCUGGCUCAGCCUAUGCACUGUCUUCACCGGGACCCUCUGCUCAACCUGCAAGACGCCAGCCAAGCAUCACCAAAGCCGAGUCCCACACUGAGCCUUCCCCCACACAGGCUUCGUGGACACACCAUGGCACCUCAGAGAGGACGGUCCCCUCCAGUGCCCGCCCUACAGCAGCGGGUCAUAGCCCCACCAGCGCUCCACCCGAGACUGCCAGCAGGACAGGGCACCAAGGAGAACAUGCCAUUAGUCUGGUCCCGAAGCCCCAGGUCUCAGCUACCACCCCCUCACUGGCCACCAAACACUUUCACCCCAUUCCUACUUCAGGGAGCACCAUGAGCAGGACUCAGCCUGACCAGAGGACACCAGCUACCCCCCAGGCCCCUCAUUUGAGUACUUCUGAUCAUGGGAUCCCAGUUAUCCUGUUGGAUGACAGUGAGGAGGAGGGGACCGAGGAGGGGACCAAGGAGGUGGUGAGCACGCCCUACCAGAGCAUCCCCUGUGAUUAUGACUCGUGCAGGCACCUGCAGACCCCAUGUGCUGAACUGCAGAGGCGCUCACAAUGCGCCUGCCCUGGCCUCACCAGGGAGGACACUGUCCCCGACCCGCCACGGCUACAGAGGUUGUCAGAGGUGACCGACACAUCUGUGCUCGUCCACUGGUGUGCUCCCUAUUCCAUUGUGCACACCUACCAGAUCCAGUACUCUGUGGAGGGUGAGGUGGGAAACCAAUCAGUGGUGGGUGACAUCUAUGCCACUGCCCGGGAGCACCCUCUGUAUGGGCUGUCACCAGGCACCACUUACCGUGUGUGCGUGGUAGCUGCCAACACCGCGGGCCUAAGCCAGCUGCAGACCAUGGGUUGGAAGAGGCCAUGCACCACGGUCACCACCAAGCCCAGCUUGAAGGCCAUCCUGAUGACGCUGGGCACUGCUUGUGGCCUGCUGCUCAUCAGCACCGUGGUGCUGUCCAUGUGCCUCUGCAGGAGAGGCCUGAAGCUGUGCAGCCACAAGCAUGAUGAGUACCUGGUGGCUUUCAAAAACCCGUACCUGACACCCUUGGAGAACCCAGGCGAAGACAGCAGGCAGAGCAAAGUGACAGGGCUGUGCCCCGACGCAAGGCAAGUCCCAGGCCCCCUGCCCAGCACCACACACGCACAAGAGGACUCAGCCUCCGAUGGCUUGGUGAAGCUGCAGACCUUUACCUAGACACUUCCUUCUUCUCAUGAAGCUGAUCUCUGUCCAGAAGGACCAGAGGGCCCCAGAUGGCCCCAUCAACUCCAAUCUCAUGAGGCCAUCAUGCCUUGGGCACGCUGUCUCUGUCACAGGACCAAUGCUCUUUCUCUUUCUUCUCUGCUAUCCCUGAUGGUAAACACCAGGCCGAGCACCCAGCACCCUUUCCUGGUGCUCAUUUGGGGUUCUCAGCAGUCAGUGUCCCUCAGGAUCCAGCAGAGAAAUGCGUGGACACAGAAAGGAAAACUGAACCACCUGGCCUUUUCUGCCAUCCUGGAAAUGACGACGACAUCCUUAGGUCUUUUUAAGGCAAGUUCAUUUGUGGUCAAGGUGUGAUGAGACAUUUUGUUCAAGGGCAGAACUGGCAGCAAGAGGACAGUGUCACUGCUGCCGGCUUCGAGAGGGAGAACUUCCGGGUCUGUGAGCUGCAUUUCAGUACUCAGGGAACUUUAGGCUUCACAGUGGAAACCGAUGAUCUUAAACUCAGGAUUUUUUUUUUUUUUUUUUUUUUUUUUUUUAGAAAUGAGCAAAACCCAGCAGGCAGUCGUGAGUUCAAUCCCUGGUACCGAUAAAAACGAAAAAGACAAAAAAAAAAAGAAAAAAAGAAAUGAGCAAAAUCCCUCCGGGCUCUCACUGGAAGCUGAAGUAGUGCUAUGUUCCCAAUUUACCAGUGCCUUAGUGACUUUUCACUUUUUCCUUUUUUAGUUGUUUUGGAGAUAGGGUUUUGCUAUGCAGUUCAGGUUGGCCUUGAGCUUACUUUGUAGUAGUCCAGGAUGGUCUUGAACUCACAAUCCUCCUGUUUCAGCCUCCCGAGUGCUGGGAUUACAGGCAUAUGCCACCAUGCCCGGUUGAUUUUUCAUUUAUUCCCAAACAGGGAAAACAGUGAUCCUGUGAAAUUAUACUUGGGACCCAGUUUAAUUUUUAUGUUAGCAUUUGUUUGUCUCGCUGUGGUUUCUAUAGAUCGCCACCUAGUAAGUGUCUUAAAACAGCAGUAUGAACAAGGCUAGUUCUCCUGGAGGCAGAGGAAAACUGGGCCAUGACUGGCCAGCUUUGGAAGGUCAGUGGCGAAGCCUGGUGCUCCCUGGCUUGCAGACUUCAGGAUAACCCACAAAGCUCCACCGCCACCACCCCAGGGCUCUGUCUCCUCAUUCCCCCUCCUCCCACCAUUUUUUUUUUUAAAUAAAGGACUAGCCAGUGUGACCUCACCCUGACUUGAUUACAUCCGUAAAGACCCUAUUUCCAAAUAAGGUCCCAUGCACAGGUACCAGAGGUUGGAAGACUGGAGCUCACCUUUUUGGGAGAUAAAAUUUAACUCACAAUAGACAUAUUUCUGUUUUAAGGACCAUGUAGCUUCUGUUUCAAACCACAACACACAGCCAAGUACACCCGUUUCACCCGAGAAAGUAGUCUCGGGCUCCCCAGGGCUGAAGAACACAACCCACCAACACUCUGCCCCCUUUAAAGGAAGUAUGCAGGUUCGCUGACUCCCCCGGGAGGGAGGAAGAAUUUUCAGGGUGAGUCAGAAGAGGCAGGAGGAGGACUCGUGACAGAGGACAUCAGAUGACACAGGAGCAGCCAGCAGGAUGCUCCAGGCGUGCAGCGUGGGUUCCGAGCCAGGCUGGGGCACACAUUUAAGAGCCAUUAGCAACAGGGGUGAGCUGGGAUGUGGACUGUCACUGUCAUCCCCAGUGUCAGGCUGACUCCCCCACAGCUGCUUUCCAGGCUGGAGGAAGCUGAAGGAUAUGGACCUUGCAGGUGAAGGGAUCCUCGCACCACGAGUCACACAAGUUCCGUUUGGGGAAAAGGGGAAAAAACAAACCCACCUGGCUUGUGAUCUGAGCUGCAGUUUUCUUGAAAAGUACAAUUUUAAAUGCUUGAUUUCUAUCUAGUUUUGUCUUCUAUGCCUCCUCAACUCUAUGUAUGUGCAGGUGUUUGUAGUCUGGAAAAUGCUUGUGAAAAUUCAGAGGUGUACCCCUAUUCUCACACACAUGACCAAGAGGGUUGGACUGACUGAAAAUGCUCUGGAGGACGUAAGCACAAGAGUCAAAAACUAAGAGGAAAUGCAGAUCCCUUAUACAUUAAUUGAGCCCAAUGUCUGUAGUCCUAGUAGGAUAAAUCUAUUCUAUGGAGACACUGAAUUAAAUGUACGUUUUAGGUCUAUGUUGCAUGAACACAACUGAAUGUGCCUAAUUUAUUACAAUUCCAGUAUAUUUUACUAAUUGUUUGGCAGAAUUUGUGUUUUGAAACAAUUUAGUAUCCAAAAACCUGGGGAAAGCCUAUUCCUCUAAGCACCACCAAAAAUAAUUUAAAACCAAAAAAGAGGAGUCUCAGAUCAUUCUUUUCUAAGGGUUAAGGUGAAAAAAUACAUAGACUAGCCAGGUGUGAUGGUGCAUGCCUAUAACCCCAGCACUCGGAGGCUGAGGCAGAAGAUCACAAGUUUGAGCCCAGGUUGGGCAUGAAAGAUAUGAAGGGUUACAGAUGUAGUUAAGUGCAAAGGCCUUGGGUUCAAUUUCCAGUACCAAAAACAAAAACAGAAAGGUACACAGACACAACUAGAGUUAAGACCUUAGUAGCCCGGGCUACAUAGCUGAGUUCAAGGCUAGUCUUAGCUGCACAGUGAGACCCUGUCCCCAAAAAACAAAAACACAAAACUCGUGUGUGCUCACAGCUAGACCUCUGGGAUGGAGCAACUUCCGCCUCCAGCCUUAGCGCAGCCCACUGGGCCCUGCAGCAGGUGGACGUCAGCUGCCGCCCCCUUCCCCUCUCCCCAGCCAGCAGCAGUGCCCCAGCUUCUGUGAUGUGGCCUGAGAGUAAGCAGGGAGUGGCAGACAGCAGGGGACCCGGAGCUACGGUGCUUUCAGCAAGGCUGCGCUAAGUCUGGUCACACACACUGAGGCACAGCGGGCAGGGACUAGGUGCCAGUGUCCAGAGGACCCAGCAGCACCCCUCCUUCACCCCCAGCCCCGUGUCCUUCUCUCCUCUCUUGGUGACAAGGCAGUAAGGUCUCUAAGUCAGAUGGUCCCAAAACUACCGUGUCAGUGCGGGGCACACAUCCACACAGUGACUCACAGCACAUGGAAAACCCAAGUGGAAGGUACGAGUGUUUUCCCAACAGUUUUAUUUCUUUAACAUCUUAAAAGAUUCUCCAAAGUUUAAAAAACUUGUGAAAAAUAUACAGUUUCAUAUUAUUUACAUCACAUAUGAGACAGCUCCCAGGGCCAUGGAAACGCUGUGCCCGAAAUGCAGGGACCACAGAAGCGAGUGGUACACAGCCCUUUCCAGCAAGUGAGCCAUGGCCACACUGCUUCCUUCCACUGCCGUCAUCCCGCACACACGACAGCCCCAGGCACGGAGGCCCAGCACUUCUGAGCACAACUUCAAUACGUUCUGUCCCCGGUGAUCUCACUCACUUUCAAACUUACUCCAUUUUAAAUGUCUUGUCUUUAUUUCAUCCACAGCUAAGCUAACUUUACUCUCGUUAUUCUAAAUGACCAAACAGUAACCACACAAACUGUACAGACUUAAAAAUCAAACAAACAUCUACAAUCAGGCUGUGCAGGAUACGCGUGGGACACCUACCAAACUCCAGUAAAUCCACUACUGUUUUGGGAGCCAUCUAAAGUCUACUUGGAGGUGUUGACAAGACCUUCAGUUCCCAUGCUGAGCUGUUUUGUAAAAACAUAUAAAAAAGACUGAUAGUAGUUGGAACGUCUUACAAAUUAAUCAAGAAACCUACAAUUAAAAAUUCUAAAUCAUAGUUUACUGGUAUUUUAAAAAUACACCUGGAAAAUCUGCAUAUGCCCAUGAUCAAGCUUCCCUCCGAGGCGCACCACUACAGCCCUGCUGACAUGGUUGGCUCUGAUGAGUCCCUUUUGAAGCUGCACAGGAACACGGGGCCGCUGCCACUGCUGCCGAUGUCUACUGCUGCCUUGUUAGUGGUGACAGGUGAGUUUCAUCUGUCCUUUAUCACCUGAACAGUUUUGCGACCAUAAUGGUAGUAACUGUAAGCUGAUGCGGCUGUGGUGAAGGCUGUAAAAUACCUUUCAAGGAAGGAAAGAUAUGAGAUAUGUCAUUGCUAAAUCUGCAGACCAGCAAGAAACAUGGUAAAAGAUCUGUUUAAAAAGCAAAACAGGUUGUAUAAUGAUUUAAAUGAAAACUGUACCCUGAAGGCCUGACGGGGCACAGGUGGGCUUGCAGGCGGUGCACACGUCCAGAGGUGGGGUGCGACCCCAAGGUUGAACAUUUCCCCACUCCUCCCUCCUCUCUGCUUCCUGGCCACUAUGCCUGCCUGCCUGCCUUGGGGCCCGCUGAACAUGGACUGUAACUCUCAACUAACAUUAAAUUUCUCCUCCUGUAA